AUGGUGAGUGUGCACCUGGCAGGCAGCUGGGUGGGGACGUGUGUGAGUGUGCACGUGCGCUUUCACCAGUGUGACUGUGUGUGCACACAAGGGCCUUCUCAGGGUCCCUGCACUCCAAGCACCCACCCUGCCCCAGCCUGGGGACCCAGGACAUGGGCCACAACCCACCCACUCUCUGAAUUAAGUCCCCCAAAACACCGGUUUGGGGGACUCUCAGGCUCAGUGUUCUCAUCGCAGGCCAGCAGGAAGACCAAGAAGAAGGAAGGCGGUGCCCUCCGGGCCCAGAGGGCGUCCUCCAACGUCUUCUCCAACUUUGAGCAGACUCAGAUCCAGGAGUUCAAGGAGGCCUUCACACUGAUGGAUCAGAACCGGGACGGCUUCAUUGACAAGGAGGACCUGAAAGACACCUAUGCCUCACUGGGCAAGACCAACAUCAAGGACGAAGAGCUGGACGCCAUGCUCCAGGAGGCCACGGGGCUCAACUUUACCAUGUUCCUGAACAUGUUUGGGGAAAAGCUGACCGGUACGGAUGCCGAGGAGACCAUCCUAAAUGCCUUCAAGAUGCUGGACCCCGAAGGCAAAGGCCGCAUCAACAAGGACUAUGGGCUGCAGCCCUUAGGAACCCUUUCGCUCUUCCUCUCCUGCCUGGGCCUGAACCCCCCACCACCCUGUGUGCAGGUCGACCAGACGAUGCAGUUUGCAACCAUCGACGCUACAGGCAACUUGGACUACAAGGCGCUGAGCUAUGUGCUCACCCACGGGGAGGAGAAGGAGGAGUGAGGGAUGCCCCCCAUCCCC